ACAACAACCGCAACGUCCAGCAUAUCUGAAACACCUACAACUCCCACAACAACUGAAACAACUACUACUCCAACAACUACUGUAAUGUCAACCACAACUGAAACACCUACAACUCCGACUACUACUGUAACAUCAACCACAAGUGAAACACCUACCACUCCCACAACUACAGAAACAAGUACCACCCCGACAACAACCGCAACGUCGACCACCACUAACACACCUACAAGUCUCACAACUACCUCCACGUCGACAACCACAACGUCGACCGCAACUGAAACACCUACAACUCCCACGACUAGUGAAACAACUACUAAUCCGAUGACUGCUGUAACGUCAACUGCAAGUGAAACAUCUACCACUCCCACAACGACACAAACAACUACCAACCCUACGACAACCGCAACGUCCAGCAUAUCCGAAACACCUACAACUCCCACGACAACUGAAACAACUACUACUCCAACAACUACUGUAAUGUCAACCACAACUGAAACACCUACAACUCCCACGACAACUGAAACAAUGACCACUCCAACGACAACUGCAAAGUCGACCACCACUGAAACAACUAUAGCUUCCUCAACAACUGACACAACAACGACUCCGACAACUACCGUAACAUCAACCGCAAGUGAAACACCUACAACUCUCAUGACAACUGAAGCAACUGCUACUCCGACAACGACCGCAACGUCAACCACAAGUGAAACACAUACCACUCCCACAACUACAGAAACAACUACCACUCCAUCGACAACCCCAACGUUGACCACAUCUGAAGUACCCACAACUCCCACAACAACUGAAACAACUACCACCUCGACGACCACUACAGCAUCGACCACACUUGAAACAACGACAACUCCCACAACAACUGAAACAACAACCACUCCAACGACAACCGCAACGUCCAGCUCAAGUGAAACACUUACAACUCCGACCACUACAGAAACAAUGACGACCGCAACGUUGACCACCACUGAAACAACUAAAACUUCCACGACUACAGAAACAGCUCCCACCCCAACAACAAGUGCAACGACAACCACACUUGAAGCUACUACAAUUCCCUUGACUUCCGAGGCAACACCCACUCCGACACCUAUUGUAACGUCAACCACAACUGAAACACCUUCAACUGCCACGACUACAGAAACAACUACCACUCCGAUGACAACCGCAACAUCAAUUGCAACGUCAACCACAACCGAAAGUACUACAAUUCCCAUGACUACUGAAACAACUAUCACACACAUGACUACAGCAACAUCAGCCACAAGUGAAACAACUAUAGCUCUCACAACUCCUCAAGCAACUACAUCUGCAGUUUCAACCACACCUGAAACAACUACAACUACGCCUUCUAUACAAACAUCCAUCACCCCAACAAUUGCAGAACUCUCCACCAUGACCAACACUACAACUGAACCCACUAUGACAACUACAGAACCCACAACCACAACCAGUGAACUGACUUUGACCACUGAUGAACCCUCCACGACCAGUACUGAACUCACCACAACAACAACUGAAUCAACUACUACAACUGAAUCCACCACGACCACAACUGAACCCCGAGUAACGACCACUGAAUCCUCUAUAACAACAACUGGACCGAUCACAACAACAGCUUCUUCUACUGGUCCUCCCUUUGGAAAUGAAGGUUAUCUCAAUAUGACCUUCAGAAUGAGUCUUCCGUUUACUGAGGCUCUGAAGAACACAUCAUCGCCAGAAUCUAUCAGUUUGUCUCUCAACGUCACCACUGAGUUGAAUCGGGUGUACAUGGGGUCGUACCCUGUUACUUUCCUCAGGACCUUUGUCACAGGCUUCCGGAACGGAUCUGUGGUUGUCAGUGCCAACCUGAUCUACACAAACCAGUCAGUGGUUCCCAGUGUUACUGAUGCAGAGGGGACUUUGAAAGUCACCAUUAACAGCUCCGCAGUCUUGUUGGAUAUUAUCCCAUCCAGCAUUACUGCAGCUCUGCCAAAUUCUGGGACUGACACAACUACAGCUGAAACUCCAACCAUGACAGAAACCAUGACCACUACAACCGAAACAUCUACUGCUCCAACCUCUACGGAAUCCUCAACCACUACAACUGAAACAUCUACUACUCCAACAACUAUAAUGGAAACAUCUACUACUCCAACCAUUACAGAAACCCCCACAACUACAACUGAAACAUCUACUACAACUGAAACAUCUACUGCUCCAACCACUACAGAAACCCCCACAACUACAACCGAAACAUCUACUAGUCCAACCACAACAUCUACUGUUCCAACCACUACAACCGAAGCAUCUACUACUCCAACCACUUCAACCGAAACAUCUACUACUCCAACCACAACAGAAACCUCAACCACUACAACCGAAACAUCUACUGCUCCAUCCACAACAAAAACCUCAACCAUUACAACUGAAACAUCUACUGCUCCAACCACUACAACUGAAACAUCUACUGCUCCAACCACUCCAGAAAGCCCCACAACUACAGCCGAAACAUUUACUAGUCCUACCACAACAUCUACUGUUCCAACCACUACAACCGAAACAUCUACUACUCCAAUCACUACAGAAACCCUCACAACUUCAACUGAAACAUCUACUACUCCAAUGACUACAACUGAAACAUCUACCAGUCCAACCACGACAGAAACCCCUGCCACUACAACCGAAACAUCUACUACUCCAUCCACUACAGAAGCCUCCACCACUACAAUCGUAACAUCUACUAGUCCAACUACUCCAACCAUAACAUCCACUACUCCAACCACUACCAAACCCCCCACCACUUCAAUCGUAACCUCUACUACUCCAACGACUACCAAACCCCCCACUACAACCGUGACAUCUACUACUCCAACCACUACAACUGUCAUCUCUAGUACUCCAACGACUACCAAAGCCCCCACCACUACAACCGUGACAUCUACUACUCCAACCACUACAACUGUCAUCUCUAGUACUCCAACCACUACAAAAGCCUCCACCACUAGAACCAUAACACCUACUAGCACUUCAGCAACUCAAACAGACUCAACGCCAGCAUCCACCAUAUUUGAAACUUUGUUGACUACCUUACCAAAAACAACCAUAUUGUCAACCACUGCAGAAAACCCAGGAAAUAAUGUGAUGUCUCUGACCUUCAAAAUGACUUUGGAGUUUACUCCAGCUCUCACUAACCAAACUUCACCAGAAUUUCAGUCUUUGUCAGUGACGGUCACCACUGAGUUGAAUUCCUUGUACAGCAAGAUUUACAAGAACUUCAUCACCUGCAUUGUCCUUGGUUUCUGGCCUGGCUCAGUAGGAGUGGACACCAAACUGAUCUUCAGCAAUGAAACUUCACUCCCCAAUGUUACUAAUGUGCAAGAAACGCUGUUGGAAGCAACCAACACAACAUCCAUAUUAAAAAUUAAUUCAACCACCAUUAUUGCCGAAAUACCAGCCGCCGCCACCACCGCAGUUUCUCCGAACAGCACCAGCCUUACAUCAGCUGCCACCUCAUCACUCCCCACGAAAACAGCGGAGUCUACAUCAAGCGCACCUCCCACAACACUUAUGUCUACGACCACAGCUUCUACCGAUCCUCCUGGUCCAACGGAAGGUUACCUCAAUCUGACCUUCAGAAUCAACCAAACAUUUUUUGCACCCUUGGGAAACAGAUCGUCUCUCGAGUUCAAGGCCUUGGCACAGAACAUCACAACUGGGCUGACUAACAUGUUCAGAGCAAUCUACAAGGACAUUUUCCUGAGGUGUUAUAUCAUAGGAUUCUGGAAUGGGUCUACAGGAGUGGACACCAACUUGAUCUUUACGAAUCAGUCGGUGGUUCCCAAUGCUACCAGCGUCGAGAACUAUUUUAAGGAAGGAAUCGGCUCUUCAGCAGUCUUCCAAAAUGUGAUCUUAUCCAGCAUUCACGCAGCAGUGCCAGGCUCCACCACAAACACGACCAGCACGCCUGCCGUGACAGGAACAACAGCGACCAGCUCUGCCAGUCCCUCCACAACAUCCAAGGCAUUCAGCAGUUUCACGUCAACCAACAGGCCAAAGGAAGUGGCUGCUCUUCUAAUCCCAGUUAUUCUGGUUCAUUUUUAUUGGCCUAGCUGGACAUGAAAAAUGCAGUUCAUCUGAAAAUAUCACACAAUACACUGAGUAUAUAUUUUUAGAGAUUGUUAAUCAUUUAUAUUCCUUGAACUCAUUUCGUUAAGUCUACUACUGUAUAAGUUAUGCCUUAAUACUCUUUUCCAAUUAAAAUGUAGGCAUAUUUUUUCCACAGGGGGAAAAAAUUCAAUAUCAUGAGUAUUGUUGAAUCGUCAAUACAUGAUAUUCAUGCAGUUAAGAACUGCUCUUUUUAAUAUCAUGCACUACACUGGAGAUUGAACGUAUUGUUUUUGGGGUAUGUUAAUGUUUUAUUUGUCAUUUUAAUUCCUCUGAUAUUUCCUCAUAAAUUAUAAUGCUUU